AUGGCCUUGGCUGGAUGCAAAGCUGCUACAAUGUGGCUCCUUUGGCUCAAGCACCACUUAUCUGUCAACGUUUGGACCUUGCUGCUCUUGGGGAGCACCUGGCUACCGCUGGCGGAAGGCAGCCCCAAGUCUCCCUUUAGGACUUUCCCGGUUACAGACUGGAGCUUGACACACUUGGUGGUCCACAACAAAACUGGGGAGGUUUACGUGGGGGCUGUCAAUCGGAUCUACAAGCUCUCCAAUAACCUCACGCUCUUGAGGACCCACGUGACAGGGCCCGUGGAGGACAAUGAGAAGUGUUACCCUCCGCCCAGUGUUCAGUCCUGCCCUCACGGGCUGGUCACCACUAACAACGUGAACAAACUGCUGCUGGUGGACUACUCGGGGAACCGGCUGAUCGCCUGUGGCAGUGCCUCCCAGGGCAUCUGCCAGUUCCUGCGGCUGGACGACCUCUUCAAGUUGGGUGAGCCCCACCACCGCAAGGAGCACUACCUCUCCAGUGUCAAUGAGUCAGGCACCAUGUCUGGGGUCAUCAUCGAGGUGCUGAACGGGCAGAACAAACUCUUCAUUGGGACGCCCAUUGAUGGGAAGUCAGAGUACUUCCCCACGCUGUCCAGCCGCAAGCUGAUGGCCAACGAGGAGAAUGCAGAGAUGUUUGGCUUUGUCUACCAGGAUGAGUUUGUUUCCUCCCAGCUCAAGAUCCCCUCGGAUACACUCUCCAAGUUCCCCACUUUUGACAUCUACUACAUCUACAGCUUCAGCAGCGAGCAGUUUGUUUAUUACCUGACCCUGCAGCUGGACACCCAGCUCACCUCACCCGACUCCACUGGGGAGCAGUUUUUCACCUCCAAGAUUGUCCGCCUCUGUGUGGAUGACCCCAAGUUCUACUCCUACGUGGAGUUCCCCAUCGGCUGCGUACAGGACGGCAUCGAGUACCGCCUGAUCCAGGACGCCUACCUGACCAAACCUGGCAAGGCUUUGGCCGGGCAUCUGGGCAUCUCAGAGCAGGAGGAUAUCCUCUUCACCAUCUUCUCCCAGGGCCAGAAAAACAGGGUUAAGCCUCCCAAGGAGUCUGUGCUCUGUCUCUUCACGUUGAAGAAGAUCAAGGAUAAGAUCAAGGAACGUAUCCAGUCAUGCUACAGAGGGGAAGGGAAGCUCUCGCUGCCCUGGCUCUUGAAUAAGGAGCUGGGCUGCAUCAACUCGCCGCUGCAGAUCGAUGACAAUUUCUGUGGCCAGGAUUUUAACCAGCCGCUGGGUGGGACCGUCACCAUCGAGGGGACCCCGCUUUUUGUGGAUAAGGAGGAUGGGAUGACCUCAGUGGCUGCCUACGACUACAGAGGACAAACCGUUGUCUUUGCCGGCACACGGAGCGGGAAGAUCAAAAAGAUCCUGGUGGACUUGACAGCUGAGAGGAAGCGCCAAGCGCUGCAGUACGAGAAUGUCGUGGCCCACGAGGGCAGCUCCAUCUUGCGAGACCUUGUGCUGAGCCCUGACCGCCAGCACAUCUAUGCCAUGACUGAGAAACAGGUGACGCGGGUGCCGGUGGAGAGCUGUGAGCAGUACGAGAGCUGCGAGCUGUGCCUGGGCUCCCGGGACCCCCACUGUGGCUGGGGUGUCCUCCACAACGUGUGCUCGCGCAAGGACCGGUGCGAGCGGGCGGACGAGCCCCAGCGCUUCGCCUCCGACCUGCAGCAGUGUGUCCAGCUCACUGUCCAGCCAAAGAACAUCUCGGUCACCAUGUCCGAGGUCCCGCUGGUUCUUCAGGCCUGGAAUGUCCCAGAUCUCUCGGCAGGAGUCAACUGCUCCUUUGAAGACUUCACUGAGUCUGAGAGCCGCAUUGAAGAUGGAAAGAUCUACUGCAGCUCUCCCUCUGCCAAGGAUGUCAUCCCUAUCACCAGGGGCCGUGGGGACAAGCGAGUGGUGAAGCUCUACCUGAAAUCUAAGGAGACGGGGAAGAAGUUUGCCUCUGUGGAUUUUGUUUUCUACAACUGCAGUGUCCAUCAGUCCUGCCUGUCCUGUGUGAACGGCUCCUUCCCCUGCCACUGGUGCAAGUACCGCCACAUCUGCACCCACAACGCUGCCGACUGCUCCUUCCUGGAGGGACGUGUCAAGCUCUCUGAGGACUGCCCCCAGAUCCUGCCCUCCACGCAGAUCUACAUCCCUGUGGGUGUGGUGAAACCCAUCACCCUGACAGCCAAGAACCUGCCCCAGCCACAGUCCGGCCAGCGCAACUACGAGUGCAUCUUCCACAUCCCUGGCAGCACCACCCGUGUUACUGCCCUGCGCUUCAACAGCACCAGCAUCCAGUGCCAGAACACCUCGUAUUUUUAUGAAGGGAAUGACAUCAGUGACCUGCCAGUCAACUUGUCUGUGGUCUGGAAUGGGAACUUCGUCAUCGACAACCCCCAGAACAUCCAGGCCCACCUGUACAAGUGCUCGGCCCUGCGGGAGAGCUGCGGGCUGUGCCUCAAGGCCGACCCGCGCUUCGAGUGUGGCUGGUGCGUGCUGGAGAAGCGGUGCUCGCUGCGGCAGCACUGCCUGGCCCACGAGAGCAGCUGGAUGCACGCCAGCAGUGGCAACAGCCGCUGCACCGAGCCCAAGAUCACCAAGCUGUCCCCUGAGACUGGCCCUAGGCAAGGAGGGACCCGUCUGACCAUCACUGGUGAAAACCUGGGCCUGAAGUUUGAAGAUGUUCGCUGGGGCGUUCGAGUCGGCAAAGUGAUGUGCAUCCCCAUUGAGAGCGAGUACAUCAGUGCUGAGCAGAUCGUGUGCGAAAUCAGUGAUGCCAGCAAGGUCCAUGAGGCACGGGUAGAAGUGUGCAUCCGUGACUGCUCACCCAACUACCGGGCCAUGUCCCCCAAGAGCUUCACCUUUGUGACACCCACUUUCUCCCGCGUGGUCCCAGCCCGGGGCCCACUCUCUGGCGGCACCUGGAUCGCCAUCGAAGGCAGCCACCUCAACGCGGGCAGCAACGUCUCUGUCACCAUCGGGGGACGGCCCUGCGCUUUUUCAUGGAGAAGCGCCCGCGAGAUCCGGUGCAGGACCCCCCCUGGACACACCCCAGGCGGCUCCCCCAUCCUCAUCAACAUCAACCGGGCAGAACUGAGCAACCCAGAGGUGAAGUACAACUACACGGAGGACCCCACCAUCCAGAAGAUCGAUCCUGAGUGGAGCAUCAAUAGUGGUGGGACGCUGUUGACUGUGACUGGCACCAACCUGGCCACCAUCAAAGAGCCCAGGAUCCGGGCCAAGUACUGCAGCUCUGAAAGGGAGAACAACUGCACUGUCUACAACGACACCACCAUGGUCUGCUACGCACCCUCCAUCGACAACCCCGAACGGAGCCCUCCGGAGGUCGGCGACCGCCCCGAUGAGAUUGGCUUCAUCAUGGAUAAUGUCCAGGCCCUGCUGAUCGUCAACACCACCAACUUUGUUUACUACCCGGACCCUGUCUUUGAGCCACUCAGCCCCACAGGAAUGCUGGAGUUGAAGCCCAGCUCUCCCCUCAUCCUCAAGGGCAGGAACCUGCUGCCACCAGCUGCUGGUAACUCCCGCCUGAACUACACGGUGCUGAUCGGAGACACUCCCUGCACCCUCACUGUCUCUGAGACCCAGCUCCUCUGCGAGUCCCCCAACCUCACUGGCCAGCACAAAGUCACGAUCAAGGCUGGAGGGUUUGAGUUCUCCCCAGGGACACUGCAGAUCUACUCAGACAGCCUGCUCACCCUGCCUGCCAUCAUCGGGAUCGGUGGUGGGGGUGGUCUGCUCCUCCUCAUCAUCAUCAUUGUCCUCAUCGCCUACAAGCGCAAGUCCCGGGAUGCCGACCGGACCCUGAAACGCCUCCAGCUGCAGAUGGACAACCUGGAGUCCCGGGUGGCUCUGGAGUGCAAAGAGGCCUUUGCUGAGCUGCAGACUGACAUUAACGAGCUGACCAAUGACCUGGAUGGGGCUGGCAUCCCCUUCCUGGAUUACCGCACCUACGCCAUGCGGGUUCUCUUCCCAGGAAUAGAAGACCACCCUGUGCUGAAGGAGAUGGAGGUCCAGGCGAAUGUGGAGAAGUCUCUGACCCUCUUUGGGCAGCUCCUGAACAAGAAGCACUUCCUGCUGUCCUUCAUCCGCACUCUGGAGGCUCAGAGGAGCUUCUCCAUGCGGGACCGUGGCAACGUGGCCUCCCUCAUCAUGACGGCGCUGCAGGGGGAGAUGGAAUAUGCCACGGGUGUGCUGAAGCAGCUCCUCUCUGACCUCAUCGAGAAGAACCUAGAGAGUAAGAACCACCCCAAACUGCUCUUGCGGAGAACAGAGUCAGUGGCAGAGAAGAUGCUGACAAACUGGUUCACGUUUCUGCUGUACAAGUUUCUGAAGGAGUGUGCUGGGGAACCACUCUUCAUGCUCUACUGUGCCAUCAAGCAGCAGAUGGAGAAGGGACCCAUUGAUGCCAUCACAGGAGAGGCUCGCUACUCCCUCAGUGAAGACAAGCUUAUCCGGCAGCAGAUUGACUACAAAAUGCUGACCCUCAACUGUGUCAACCCUGAGAACGAGAAUGCCCCAGAGAUCCCUGUCAAGGUGCUGAACUGCGACACCAUCACACAGGUGAAGGAGAAGCUGUUGGAUGCUGUCUACAAGGGGGUGCCCUACUCCCAGCGACCCAAAGCUGGAGACAUGGACCUGGAGUGGCGGCAGGGCAGGAUGGCCCGGAUCAUACUGCAGGAUGAAGAUGUCACCACAAAGAUUGACAAUGACUGGAAGAGGCUAAACACCCUGGCCCAUUACCAGGUGACGGAUGGCUCCUCAGUAGCCCUGGUGCCCAAGCAGAACUCUGCAUACAACAUCUCCAACUCCUCCACCUUCACCAAGUCCCUCAGUAGAUACGAGAGCAUGCUGAGGACAGCCAGCAGCCCCGACAGCCUGCGCUCUCGGACCCCCAUGAUCACCCCUGACCUGGAGAGUGGCACCAAGCUCUGGCACCUGGUGAAAAACCACGACCACAUGGACCAGCGGGAGGGUGACCGGGGCAGCAAGAUGGUCUCUGAAAUCUACCUGACCCGCCUGUUAGCCACCAAGGGCACCCUGCAGAAGUUCGUGGAUGACCUGUUUGAGACCAUCUUCAGCACAGCACAUCGUGGGAGUGCGCUGCCCCUCGCCAUCAAGUACAUGUUUGAUUUCCUGGAUGAACAAGCUGAUAAGCAUCAGAUCAAUGAUUACGAUGUCAGGCACACCUGGAAGAGUAACUGUCUACCUCUACGUUUUUGGGUGAAUGUGAUAAAGAACCCCCAGUUUGUGUUUGACAUUCACAAGAACAGUAUUACUGAUGCCUGCCUAUCCGUGGUGGCUCAGACAUUCAUGGACUCCUGCUCAACUUCAGAGCACAAGCUAGGAAAAGACUCUCCCUCCAACAAACUACUGUAUGCCAAGGACAUCCCCAACUACAAGAGCUGGGUAGAAAGAUAUUAUGCAGAUAUUGCUAAAAUGCCAGCGAUCAGUGACCAGGACAUGAGUGCGUACCUGGCGGAGCAGUCGCGGUUACACCUCAGCCAGUUCAACAGCAUGAGCGCGCUGCACGAGAUCUACUCCUACAUCACCAAGUACAAGGAUGAGAUUUUAGCUGCGUUGGAGAAGGAUGAGCAGGCCCGGAGGCAGCGGCUGAGGAGUAAGCUGGAGCAGGUGAUCGACACAAUGGCCUUAAGCAGCUGA